CUGUGUUACCAAAAUUAUAUAAAUUUUACGUUAUUUGUUUACUAAAACUUCAACUGUUAUAUAGAAAAAUUAUUCACACUUAUUAAAAGUUGCAUAAAACCUAAAUUAAUCUUUGUACGUUGAAUACUUAAGCGUACCAUGUCUAUGAUAUGACAACUCACUAACUUACGCCUAACCAUAGACUGAUAAGAGUUAAACCUAUACUAUGCAACAUAUUAGUUAUUACUAUAGUAUAGCCUUAGAAGUUAGAAUACUGAAUAGCACGUUAGCCGUAUUUCUAACCUCAAAGUAGUUAUAUAUUAUGGUGGGACCUUACUGGGGGUGUGCGAUAACCUUUCGAUUUUCAAAAGAAAAUAAAUCUCACGCUCAAAAUUUGGACUUGGAAGGUAGUCUUGAAGUUGAUUAUGAUUACUUAUUGAUAAAUUACCAGCGUAUUCCACCAGCCAGAACUCGAUGUUUGUGUAUUGUUAACUCACCAUUUAUAUUUGUCUACUUUUUUGUUAAUAUAAACGACUCAGGUGUUUUUUAAGAAAUUUUAAGCAUCAAGGAUACACCACUGGUUCACAAUCAAAGGUUGAAAAGAGAUACAGAGCUGUGUAACAAGAAGUAUUUUGAUAAUCUCAUUUUAUUUGUUUAAUCAUCAAUGAAUUACUUUGGGAAUCUGUUGAGAAAGAUGUCUAUUGAACAGGCACCCAAUGAAGAAAUUUUUCAGAUUGAUCAGGGUUUGUUAAACAAAGACAACUGUAAUAGUUUUCCAGUUUUCUCUGUUGAUUUUUUUAAGGUGGGAAGUAGGAGUGAUGAAACAGAUCUCUUAAAGACUCCUGAUUUGUGGGGAAUAAAUGUAGAAGGUGAAUGUAAUAUCACAAGUCUCCAAGAAUCUGGUGGGGUUGAAUUUCAUGAAAAAACAGUCUUUGAUUCCCAGUGUUCAUUAUCUCCAUGGGGUGCCCCAGCGGAAUUGGACAAUCUUAGAAUUGAUGAUGUAUUCCAAGUGGAAAAGGAUGAUCUUAUUCAAGGGCCUACUUUAGCAGAACUGAAUGCCAAAGAUGAAUAUGUAUUUGAUGCUUUGGAAUUUGAUCACUGGUCUCAUACAGUUGAAGACCAAGAUAUAUUAAAAUGUAGUUCAUUAAAUAACACAUUUCAAACAAAGCUAGCAAAAGAUGAUAUUCAACAUGUAUCUCUCGCCAAAUGUGACACCAGGCCUGUAACUCUUUCAGUGGAUUCUGUGGUGCCUUCUCACCAGAGAAGUGUUUGUUUUUCUUCUGAGCCAGUUGAAAGUGCAAGAAUAUAUUCUAAGGUUGGAAAUAUAUCCUUCCCAAAGACUGUUGUGUUAAAGUUCAACAACUCCUGCUUGUCCAAAAAUUUUGAGUCUCUUACUCAAGAUAUUUGUCUCUCCACCAGUGAGGGGAAGCAGAUUCCCAGCAAAACCAAGAUUGAAGCGUGUAAUCUAAGCAUGCCAGUUGAUGAAUGUGCAGAUGAUAAUGAUGAUGAAAUAAGCGUUAAAAGUAAUUUUCUUGAAAGCAGUGAAAAAGAAGAUAAUUUUUUUGAGCCAAAUGAUUCACAUAGAAACAUCCAUCAGUGCAAGAAAAGGAAAUUAAGACGUUAUUUCUGGCAGUAUAACUCUCAGUCAAAAGGAGAAAAUGGUUCUUAUUCUGUUUCAAGAGAUGACCCACACGUACUGACUAACAUUACUGACCCUGUUUUCAGCGAGGAGUGUUCUCUGACAAGCGUGAGGCAUCCAGGAAAGGCCAGGAGAGGUGAUGGUAAUGAUUUAACUCCAAACCCACGUAAACUAUAUAACAUUGGGCUUAAGCUAAAGCAAUUGAGCCAGGAAAUAAAAGAACUUACACCAGGAACAACUGUUUCAGUCAGUACAAAACCAAAAUCUCGCAAGGAAAAGAACAAGUUAGCAUCAAGGGCCUGUCGCUUGAAAAAAAAAGCUCAGCAUGAAGCUAACAAGCUGAAACUUUAUGGGCUUCAGGAAGAACACAACGGCAAAUCAAAGGAUCAGUAUUUGAGAGAAGUCUCAAGAAUACAGACAGAUCCAACCCUACCUGGGAUAAAUGACAGCACCCGACUGGAUCACUGGUGGAGAGAUGUUAUGCCUUGCUAUCCAGUUCUUGGGAAGGUAGUAAGAGCUUGUCUUAGUAUUUUCACUGGACCAUUUUGAACAGUCAUUUAGCAUUAUGAAUGACCUCAUUGAUGCUAAAUCAAACAGGAUGGCUGUGCAGACAUAUUCUUCAUUUCAGAGCGUGAAAUAUGAUUUAAAAGCACAGAACACUAGCAGCCUUGGUCAUUACCAUAGGGAGGAUGUCCUAAGGGAUCCUGUGGACAAGAGUGUGGGCUACCACAUGCAGACAGCCUAUGGCAGAUAUGCUAGAAAACUGAGGGAGAGGAAAGAAGAAAAAGCACUGCCAAAUCCAGCUUAUUCUAAACAUAGAUCAAAACAAUCAGUGCACACAAUUACUAAAAACUUUAAAAAAGCAAUAUGGUGAAAGAGGGGAGCUAGCAAGAGAAAACGAAACAGUGAGGAUGUUGAAAAAACCAAGGAAGAAAAAGAUCUAGUGUUGUUGGUGUCACUGUCACAGCUGGUUUUCUCUUUUCUAAGCAGACUGUCUUGUUUUAUUAUUAUAGAACUAUGAAUUUUUUACAGAAUUUGCAGUGCAUUCCAUGGUAUAUGUAUAAUUUAGUGCUUUAUUGAUG